AGAGAAACCCCUUCGUAUUCACAGGCGUUGAUGAAGGUAUCUGCAUUUCCAACUCCUCACUCCUUUCACAGUUUCCACAAACACCGACAAGCACCUGAUUUUUGUUCUCCAAAAAUUCAAGACGCAAACCUUGAAUAAUCCUCACAAGAGUUGACUGUAAAACCGGUUCAAUAAUUCCUCUUCUCUCUCUAGAGAUCCCUCAGAGAGAAAUGGAGGUGAGGCUGCGAAAGCCGGCUUCGGUGCUGUCUCUUGGGUUUUUGUUACUUCUAUUUCUUUCUGUGGUGCCGAAUUCGACAGCGAGAUUCGUCGUGGAGAAGAACAGCUUGACGGUCACGUCGCCGGAGGAUAUCAAGGGAAAUCACGAUAGCGCAAUUGGAAAUUUCGGGAUCCCCCAGUAUGGGGGAAGCAUGGCAGGCGCUGUGGUUUAUCCGAAGGAGAACCGGAAGGGGUGCAAGGAGUUCAGCGAGGUUGGGAUUUCGUUCCAGUCUAAGCCCGGAGCACUGCCUACCUUCGUUCUGGUCGAUCGUGGAGAUUGCUUUUUCGCGUUGAAGGUGUGGAAUGCCCAGAAGGCAGGGGCAUCUGCAGUACUUGUUGCAGAUGACAUCGAGGAAGCAUUAAUUACUAUGGACACUCCUGAAGAGGAUGUUUCAUCUGCUAAGUAUAUAGAGAACAUAACAAUACCAUCUGCACUUGUUACCAAGAGUUUUGGUGAAAAAUUGAAGAAAGCAAUCAAUGGUGGAGAUAUGGUCAACGUGAAUCUUGACUGGCGAGAAGCUGUUCCACACCCAGAUGAUCGCGUUGAGUUUGAAUUAUGGACUAACAGCAAUGAUGAAUGUGGAGUAAAGUGUGACAUGUUGAUGGAAUUUGUGAAGGAUUUCAGGGGUCCGGCUCAGAUUCUUGAGAAAGGUGGUUACACUCAAUUUACACCACAUUACAUAACGUGGUACUGCCCUCAGGCAUUCACCUUGAGUAGACAGUGCAAGUCCCAGUGUAUCAAUCAUGGAAGAUACUGUGCUCCUGAUCCUGAACAAGACUUUAGCUCAGGUUAUGACGGCAAAGAUGUAGUUCUUGAAAACUUGAGGCAGCUAUGUGUGUUCAAAGUUGCAAAUGAGAGCAAAAAGCCUUGGGUGUGGUGGAAUUAUGUGACCGAUUUUCAAAUUCGUUGUCCCAUGAAAGAGAAGAAAUACAACAAGGAAUGUGCUGACACCGUUAUCAAAUCUCUUGGACUUGAUGCUAAGAAGAUUGAGAACUGUAUGGGAGAUCCUAAUGCUGAUGCUGAUAAUCCUGUUUUAAAAGAAGAGCAAGAUGCCCAAGUUGGGAAAGGAUCAAGGGGUGAUGUGACCAUAUUGCCUACCCUUGUCGUGAAUAAUCGACAAUAUCGAGGUAAGUUGGAGAAGGGUGCUGUUUUGAAGGCAAUAUGUGCUGGUUUUGAGGAAACAACCGAGCCAGCUGUUUGUUUGAGUGGCGAUGUCGAGACAAAUGAAUGCUUGGAUAAUAAUGGUGGCUGCUGGCUAGAUAAAACAGCCAACAUCACAGCCUGUAAGGAUACAUUCCGAGGGAGGGUAUGCGAAUGCCCUUUGGUUGAUGGUGUGCAGUUCAAAGGAGAUGGUUACAGCCAUUGUGAAGUUAGUGGAUCUGGGAGGUGCAAGAUAAACAACGGAGGUUGUUGGCAUGAGUCUCAGAAUGGGCAUACCUUUUCUGCUUGUGUGGAUAGAGAUGAUGGUAAAUGUCAAUGUCCUCCUGGGUUUAGAGGAGAUGGUGUCAAAAGUUGUGAAGAUAUCGAUGAAUGCAAAGACAAGAAAGCAUGCCAGUGCCCUGAGUGUAGCUGCAAAGAUACCUGGGGAAGCUAUGACUGCACUUGUAGUGGGGAUCUCUUGUAUAUCAGAGACCAUGAUACCUGCAUAAGUAAGAGGGCAACUGAAGUUAGAUCUGCUUGGACUGGAGUUUGGGUCAUUUUGAUAUGCUUGGCUCUGGCUGGUGCUGUCGGAUAUGCUGUGUACAAAUACAGACUCAGGUCAUACAUGGAUUCAGAAAUCAGAGCUAUCAUGGCCCAAUAUAUGCCUCUGGAUAGUCAAACUGAAGUUCCAAAUCACGUCCACGAAGACCAUGCAUAAAAGGAGUGACACCGUCAUUCAUCUUUCAAGGGUUCUUCUAUAUGAGGCAGAUAAGAGUGUUUACGUUGAUGCCUUUUUAUUCAGGCAUGAGAUUUGAACCGAAAUCAUAUAUCUCUGUAAAUUAAAGUGGACAAUAAAGAGAUGCAAAUUAGAAGUUGUUCUGUUGUUUGUUAGGAUUAUAACAUGAUGAAUGGUUGAGUUGAGAUUUGAUUUGAUUUGGGGCAGAUUUUUAGGGAUUUGGCUGUAACUUAUAUUAGCUUUGGUUCCCGUCCCUUGAAUCUUCUCCAAUAACUUAUGACAAUUAUGUAAUUGAUUCACUCAAUAUAUAUGGGCUGAACUUUCUUUUCCA